AUGGUGCGACUGGUCGUGCUGGGCCUCCUUGCCCUAGCAUUGGCGCCACCGGUCUACAGUGCAGACUUCGUCAAGGUCGACGGUCUGCGCUUCACGUCCGGUAAUUGCACGGACUUUAAGCCGGUUGGAUGGAACGGGUGGUCCACCCUAUCGUACGCGGCCAACAAGAAGUCCAUGCCGGGAUUCAAUGAUGGGCGGGCCUUCCUGACCAACAUGUUCAAGGAGGCCCAGGCGCUGAACUUCAACGUCUACCGCUUCUUCAUCCAGGGCGAUUACUCCUUCCUCACCACCAGCGCUGGUCAGUACGAUGAGCAGAUCUUCCAGGGCUUUGACUUUGUGCUGGACGAGGCUGCCAAGUACAACAUCAAGCUCACCCCCAUCCUGCUCAACCUCUGGAUCGACGACGGCGUGCCCCUGUUUGAGAAGUUCUGCGGCAGCGACAGCUCCAACUACCGCCCCACCCCCUCCAUCGACCUGCGCACCGAGACGACGCUGAACGCCUCGGAGCGCCUGCAGACCCCCUACAAGUGGUACACCGACCCGGACUGCCGGCAGUACGUCAAGGACUUCAUCACCAAGGUGGUCACGCGCGUGAACACCAUCAACGGCAUCGCGUACAAGGACGACCCCACCAUCUUCAGUUGGAACAUGUUGAACGAGCCUCGCUGCAAGUACUGCGGACCCGAGGCCGUCACGGAGUGGUACCACGACAUUGCCGCCCACCUGAAGUCUGUGGACCUCAACCAUCUGGUCACCACCGGGGAGGAAGGCUUCUUCGACGAGUCCUCCAGCUUCGUCGCCGCGGACCCCACGGACGGCAACAAGUGGGGCCCCCGCUCCGGCCAGGACUUUGUCGCCAACCACGAUUCCCCCAACAUCGACUACACCGUCAUCCACAUGUGGCCUGACAACUGGGGUGUGCAGCCCAACGACAUCGCCUUUGGCAAGACCUGGAUCGACUUCCACACUCAGGCCAGCACGGCACUGGGCAAGCCUCUGCUCAUGGAAGAGUUUGGCAAGGGCGUGACGGACUCGAGCCAGAUCACCUCCGUCAGGGAUCCCUGGUACUCCCUCACCUACGACGCCGCCACCGAGAGCAUUGCUGCGGGCGGCGCCCUGCGUGGAGCCCUGUUCUGGCUGUGGGACGGGUCCACCCAGAAUGGCGGCGACGGCGUUGUGGUGGGAACGGCCGACUCCACGAUUUCGAACAUCGUGGGUCUGUUUGCCGACGAGGUGAAGAGCAGCUGCAGGGCGUCCGCCCCUGCCAGCACGGCAGCACCCGGAAGGGCGGGGGCGAGCCCAGCGGCAAGCAGGACCGGAGCUAGCCCGCCUGCCUCCCCGAGCUCCAUCGAUCUGUUCCAGGUGCAGGUGCCCAGCACCGUGGCAGCUGCUGGGCGAAAGCUCCUGGCGCACUGA